AUGAGCCAAAAGUCAACCUCAGCAGAAUCGAAAAGCUCGAGGCUGUCGGGACAGGGAGGUGAUACUUUGAACCGGUCCUCUCCCUCAGCAGAGGAGCCGAAAGUUGACAUCCGGGCUCCUGAGACAGAGACAAGCAACAUUAAACAGCUUCUCCACGAGUUCAGAGGACUUUAUGAGCAGAGACUGAGAUGUCUGGAGCUCGAUACUACUCUCAACCAAGAGGAAUCACUCCAGAAGAAAGUGGAUUUCCUGUGGUCUUAUGUGAAUGACCUCGCAGAGCAGAACCAGGUGCUGCUUCAGACCAUUGAGGAUUUUCAGAGGGAAGCUGACCACAAUGUUUCCAAAUGGGAAAUGAAGCCACACACCUCUGAUCAUAUUUUGGACGUAUCUGAGGUUGAUCUGAGUACUUUGUUGCUGGAUGAGCUUGUUGGACCUGUGGCUAACAUCCCACACAGUUCUGGUUCCUUGGUCCAGAUCACAUCUGAGUUGGCAGACCUGAAAAUCCAGUUGCAAACCAAGGACAUGGUCAUCUCUGAUCUGGAGAGGGAGCUCAGAGAGAAUUUGCUGGAAAAGCAAAAGACUGCAACACAGGUGCUGGAAAGCAGCGAGAGGCUGGUGCACCUGCAGAGCGAGCUCUCAUGUCUGCAGCGCAUCCAGAAAGACAACAUGAAGGAGGUUGCUGAGAAAGACAUCUGCAUCACCAAACUGCGAGCUAACGUUGAGCUGCUGCAACAAGAGGGGGCCGACGCACACGCUCAGCUCUCCAAACUGGAUGUGAGAGUGAGGGAACUUCAGGAGGCGCUGAAGAGAAAAGAAGAGGAGUGGAGGCAAAGAGAAGUCGAACAGAGACUGAGAUAUGAAAAGGAGCAUCAGAAAUUGACCGUCAGCAGGAAGCAGGUGGAGCGGCAGAGCAGGGAGCUGUCAGAGUCUCACCAGAAGGAGGAGAUGCUUCUCUCUGAGGCUGAGGCCAAGAUGGUGUCUGUAAGAGGCGAGCUCAGCGCCUUAUUUGAGAGAAAGAUGGAGGAGAAGGAAGCGAAAAUUGACCAACUAAAUGAGGAGAUGAAUGGAGUGAGACAAAAGAUGAAAGAGAGAGAGGAGCAUUUGAGGCACCUGGGCCAGGAUGUGGUUGGUUUGCAAGCCACACAGGACUCUCUGAAGGGAACCUUGGCUAUGAAGGAGCAACACACACAACAACUGGUCCAAGUGAACACACAGCUCAGAGAGAGCCAGACUUCACUGCAAAGCAAAUUACAAACAAGUGAGCGCAUGUUGAGCGACAUCAGUGAAACCCUGGAUCAGACCAAAACCAGCCUGGACACAGAGAGACAGCAGAGGCAACAGACCCAGGACCAGUUGCGCCAUGCCAACAAAGAGAUGGAGCGUCUGCAGCAGGACCUAACACAUGUGCGUCACACUGCUGAAAAAAAGAUCCAGAAAAGAGAGAUUAAGAUUUGCGCACUGGUGAAGGAGCUCACAGAGAGUAAGAAGCAGCAUGCAAAAUGUCAGACAGAGUUGCACCAAAGAGGGGAGGCUUUAGAGAAACUGUGCAAAGAGAGGGAUGAGCUGAGAUCCAAGACGGAGGACCAGAGCAGAGAGUUUGUCCACAUCAACCAGACCAAAGAGAGACUGGAGGCUGACUUGGCCCUGAGCCAUGAGAAACUUCACACCUCACACCUGGAGGUUCGUAGCAGAGAUCAGUUGAUUUUGCAGUUAAGAGCUGAAAUGAAAACAGCUGAAGAGAAGCAUCAAAGGACAGAGGAGCAGGUGGCAGCUCUGGAGGGGGAGGUUAGACACCUGAAACACACAGCGAAAGGACACCAGGAAGAGGCCUGUCUGUUAAGCGAAAAGGUCAGAGAUAUCGAGCGCCUUGAAGACCAGAAGGAGAAAGAACAGCAGCAGCUACAUGAUCAGCUGCGUAUCGGUCAGCAACAGGUCAAGACUUUUGAAGGGGAGCUCAAGAAGCAGGAGGUUGAGAUGGAACUUCUUCAUCAGCAGCUGAAAGUAGCCAAGGAGGAGCUGAAAGAUGCCAGUUUACAAGCCCAGGAGCACAAAGAAACCGUAGCCAUAUUUAGACAAAAGUACACAGCAGCAAUGGAGAAGGUGCACAGGGUGCAAGGGCAGGUAGAGCUUUUGGAAGAGGAACUACAGUAUUCUCAGCAGCAGCUAAGAAAGUCCCUGUUAGCAACUCAUUCGGUGAAGAAAGAACUCGCUGAGAUGGAGCAGAGGUACCAGGAAAAGGUUGGCCAAUGGGAGAACUCGCAGGAGGCUCUUGACCAGUUGGCGGAUGAGCUCCAGACCAAUCAGAAUCUACUGAGGGAGAGUCAACAACGAACGGAGCAUCUUAAAGGCCUGAUGGGAUCCCUGCAGGAGCAAGUGGACACACUCAAACAGCAGAAACUAUUGUUGGAGUGUGACUUACAGCUAUAUCGAAAGAGUCAUUCUUAUUCUGAUGAGGAGUACCUCAGCCUGCUAAGACAAAGACAGCAGCUACAAGAGGGCUGCACUGAGCAGGUUGAGCGCCUUGCGGAGUGUGAAAAGGCUAUUCUUCAGAUGAAGUCAGAGCUGGAGAGACAGGCGAAGGAAAAGAUGGGUCUAAAGCAAAGUCUCCUCGCAUCCCACCACACACACAUGAGUGAUCGGAGCGGGCUGGAACAGGAAGUGAUGCAUCUGAAAAAGGAAGUUACACGCUUAGAAGUUGAGCUGGCGGACACCCAAAAGGUACAUGUGGCGCUUCUCAGACAGUCAGAGGAGGAGCUGAAAGAGGCCAGACAAGAGGCAGCGAGAAGAAGCGGCGAGGUGGAUGCACAGAGAGGAGAGGUGCAGAGACUUCAGGAAGAGUUGCAGAAUGGGGAGGAGAAGAUGAUGAGUGCCGUUAGAGAGAGGCAGAGUCUGAACAGUCACGUCAUGCAGUUGAGCCAAGAGCUGGGGGAGCUACGACGCCAGCACCAAGUGACAGUGGAGGAGUUGGCAGCCCGUGCAGAGGAGGCGAGGCGGAUGGAGGGGUGCCUGAAUGAGGGAAAGCUAGCAGAGGGGAAAAUAAGGUCAAUGGCUGUGAGGCUGGAGACGGAGGUGGUGGAGCUCAAGAGGAAUCUUCAGCAGGCUGUCGAUCACAAAGUCAAGGCAGAGCGAGAGAAACGGGAUGCACAGGACCAGGUGGACGCACUUCGGUCGGAGCUGGAGGGAACACGUUCUGACAAUGCAAACCUUCGCCAUGAGAGCCAGCUGGUCAUGAUCAAUGUUAACCGUUGGAUCACUGAACAAAAGGCCUCCAAUGAGAGCCUCACUGCCCAGAUGAAGGCCCAAAACAAGGUGCUGCUCAUUGUCACCGAAGAGAAAGAACAUCUCCAGGACGCUAAUGGCACAUUGAAGGCGGAGGUUAAGAGACUGAAAGAAGUGGCGGAUGAGAAGGAGAGAGAUGUGGAGCACUUCAAGGCCCGGAUCCGAGACCAGAGCAUCCGGCAAGACGAGAGAACCAUGGAAAAGCAGGGUUAUGUGGCUCUAAACCUUAGCAAAAUCGAGGACAUGCAGACCAGACUGCGAAGCAACCUGGAGGCCAUCGGAAUGCUAAAUCAACAAUUAAACUCCCUCAGCAGGGAGAAUAAGCGGUUGCGUAGGCAGCUGGAGGAGGAGAGGUCCAUGCGUAGACAAGUGGAGCGACUGCUCCCUCCUCCUCUCACCUCCCAGCAGUGCUCCUCCAUCCACCUUCCCCUCUCCCUCAGUGCCCGCCCACCUCCACUCUCCAACUCCCUACCUUCAUCCCUCUGCCUCCCUCAUCCCCUGAGCCUGGACGCAGCGACAGGGGACACAGAUGACAGGACCAAACCCAAGCUGAGCCGAACUCGGCUGGACAGAGCAGGACCCUGAAACAACAAGCCCAUGAUCAGUGCCGGUGCUGCUGGGCCUCUGGUGAGCAUCUAUCA